GCUCCGCGAGACAUCCGCCCCUGGGUCGCGUCGGCCGUCCCCCACAAUUUUCAGUCGGAAACCCGCAUCUCCCCGCUGCCGACCACGCGUACCUCCACCUCCAGCUACAGCCCCAGCCGACGAUCGCAGUCGAAACCCUAGCUCCGGGAGCAGAGGAUGAGGCCCACAGCGACGGGGCCGGGCGGCGGCGUGGUGAGGCGAAAGGCGGGGGCGGCCGCCGCCGCGGCGGCGGCGAGCCGGGAGUGGCUGGUGGUGCCGGCGUCGGGGCGGGCGCGGGUGGAGGAGGCCGGGAAGCACGCGGUGAUGGCGCGGACGGGGCUGCCGGCGCGGGACCUGAGGGUGCUCGACCCUCUGCUGUCCUACCCGUCCACGAUCCUGGGCCGCGAGCGCGCCAUCGUCGUCAACCUGGAGCGCGUCAAGGCCGUCAUCACCGCCGCCGAGGUGCUGCUCCCCAACUCCAAGGACCCCGACUUCGCGCGCUUCGUCCGCGACCUCCAGGCCCGCGUGCUCACUUCCGCAGACCAGGCUGCAGAGUUUACUGAUAUGGAUGGCGAAUCAUCUGCAAUUGCUUCACCAUUUCCUGCUCCUAGUUCAUCUAAAGGACAUGAACUGGAGAUGGCUAAGAGGACUCCUAAUGCGGUGGGUGAAAUGACUCACAGCAGCAGUGUGCCCACAUUGACUGCUAUGAAAGAUGGAAGCACCAAGGUUUUACCCUUUGAGUUCCGUGCGCUUGAAGUGUGUCUCGAGUCGGCUUGUAGAUCUCUAGAAGAGGAGACUGUGACUCUGGAGAAAGAGGCAUAUCCAGCAUUGGAUGAGCUAACUUCAAAGAUCAGUACCCUGAAUCUUGAGCGAGUUAGGCAAAUUAAGAGCCGGCUGGUGGCAAUCUCUGGACGCGUGCAGAAGGUGAGGGAUGAGCUUGAGCAUCUAUUGGACGAUGAAAUGGAUAUGGCUGAAAUGUACUUGACAGAAAAACUUGCUCGAGAAGAUAUCAGUGAGACUUCAUCUAGAGUUGAGGUUGAUGAUCAUGAUCAUGAUCAUGACCCGUCUCAGUUGGAGGAGGAUAUGGAUGAGGAUUAUAGAAGCGAGCCAGCUGGAACUGCAAGCAAUGGUAGCUUUAUUGGUUAUAAGCCCAACAUUGAAGAACUGGAGAUGCUUUUAGAGGCCUAUUUUGUGCAAAUUGACGGUACACUAAAUAAGCUUUCGCAUCUGAGGGAGUAUGUUGAUGACACCGAGGAUUACAUCAACAUAAUGUUGGACGACAAGCAGAAUCAGCUUCUACAAAUGGGGGUCAUGCUCUCGACCGCGACGGUUGUCAUUACUGCCGGAGUGGCUGUCGUUGGUCUUUUCGGGAUGAACAUCGGCAUAUCUCUUUACACUCCCGUAGGCGAGGAGCAGACGCGAGCAGCACAUGUGAAGUUUUGGGAAACCACUUUUGGCACCAUUGCUGGGUGCACGAUCCUGUACGUAAUAGCCAUGGGUUGGGGGAAGAGAAGUGGGCUAUUGCAAUGAGGGCGCACCCAAUCCUGUCAACAACUGCUCCCGCAGAAGCCUUCGCUGGACAACCCCUGAAAGAGGGCGGUGUGCGCUUGGAAUAUAUUGGUACCUCAAAAUGCAUGCCUGUAACCUUAUCCCUUGAAAGCCUUAGAAGGGAGGGAAGAAAGUUUUCUUGAUGCAAGACAAUGGGUAGUUCGAAGCGAAGAAGAUCGUUUCAUAAAGUGUUGGCACAAUGCUGUCAAGCCAACUCAGAGUUUGCUAUUGCACCUGCGGGGUGAGCAGUUGCUUAAACCCUCUCUUGUAAAAGUUUGUCUUGCCAUUGUAUAUGUAAACCUGCUGCUACAAGUGAAUUAAAUCACUGUAGAAAUGCUGGUACUGUGGCCUGUCUUGGCCAGGGGAGAGUUAUUAUCAUGUGUGAUAUUGUUGACAGUGUGAGCGUAUAUUUUGUUGGUUUCUACUCU